CCUUCGCCCUGCGAGGGAUCCCUCCGCCUGUCUCCCUUCCUCGCUCUCCGGCUCCCGCCCGCCCGCCCGCGCGCCAUGGCCAAGGAGGAGAAGAAGCCCUUCAGCCAAGCCAUGGCCGAGUGGCGGCACUUCAUCUACAACCCCAACAGCGGAGAGUUCCUGGGCAGAACGGCCAAGAGCUGGGGAUUAAUUUUGCUGUUUUAUCUCGUAUUUUAUGGAUUCCUAGCUGCACUCUUUACAUUUACAAUGUGGGUUAUGCUUCAGACAUUGAGUAGUGAUAUACCCAAGUAUCGUGACCGGAUUUCUAGUCCAGGUCUUAUGAUUUCACCAAAGCCAGAAAAUGCACUGGAAUUUUCACUAAACAAAAAUGACUCAGGAAGUUACCGUCGCUAUGUGGAAUCCCUUCACAGAUUUCUAGGAGCCUAUAAUGAAUCAAAGCAAAUCAGAAACAUUCCGUGUUCUCAAGGAAAGCUCUUUGAACAGACUUCCCCUAAUAAAUCGGCAUGCCAAUUUAGUCGCACUAAUCUAGGACCAUGUUCUGGACUACAGGAUGAAAAUUUUGGUUAUGACAAAGGAACACCAUGUGUUGUUAUAAAAAUGAACAGGAUAAUUGGAUUAAAGCCUCAAGGAAACCCAUACAUAGACUGUAUCUCUAAGGAAGAAGGCAAGGCUGUGAUAACUUAUUUUCCUCCUGAGGGAAAAAUUGAUUUGAUGUAUUUCCCAUACUAUGGAAAACGCUUGCAUCCUGACUACUUACAGCCUCUUGUGGCUGUUCAACUAGCAUUUAAUACAACCAGUACCAAAGAAGAUGUAACAAUUGAGUGCAAGAUCAUGGGAUCAGAAAAUUUAAAAAAUGAAGAUGACCGUGACAAGUUUCUUGGACGUGUUUCCUUCAAAUUUCAGAUAUCUGAAUAGACACCACCAAAACUUACACAAAGUAAAUCUUCGUGUUCUUUUUGUUUUGUUUUUUUUGGGUUUUUUAAAAAGAAAAUAUCAGCAGGACCUGCCAUUCUGGAAGAUGAGACCACUUUUAUGAAGCUUGGGGUGGAACAUGGCAUCCAGGGUAGCAUAAUUAUGUGCUUCCAAAUCAUGUUUUAAAUCCCACAUAAAAAUAACUGCCCAUCAUGCUUUUGCCUGCCCUCUUGGACCAGUGUACAGACAUAGUCAUUUUAGGGACCUGUAAAUAGUUUCCAGACAUGUAAUCAUGGUGGUCUUUGUACUGUUCCAAAACGUGGGCUUUAUCCCCAAGUGAGUGUCUCAGAUGUGCUGUGCUGUGCUAUGUAAAUAUUGUAUUGGUUUAACACUGGUUUAACUAUCAUCAGUACAAACACAGUCUUAGAGAGAAGUAAGAAAUUUUCAAACUGCCCAGCCCAACAUAGUGAGUUGUCUUUAUGCAGAGAUGCCUUAACUCCUGUAUUGGGUGAGAGGGUGAGUUUGAGUGGAUUUUAAGUGUUAGUAUUGAUUUUGACAUUAUUUAUGUACUGAAUUAGUCUGUUGUGCUUGUCAUUGCAAGUAAUUGUGUGUGUAUGUGUACAGUUUGGUUUAGAUUUGAUAUUUUAGUUCAAAAAUUGACUGUCAAUAGUGUUACUUGCUUGCUGUUAUGUGAAGCACAGAUAAAACCAAUACAAUGUCACUUUUAAAACAUUUUAGUUGAAAACUACCAGUAUGAAACAAUUUCUUUACAAUGUCUCUGGUUUAGAAACUUGGUAACAAUUGUACUACAAAGCUGCUUGGAAAAAAAAAGACCUCACUGUGGGUAUAGACUUACACUUUCCAAUAAAAUACAUCCCUGAAUAGAGAAACGUCUGUUAAAAUUUUAAAGCUCAGUAAGGACUGUCUUGAUUAAACAUUCCGUUGUUUAAUUUA